AAAUCAUUUUUAUUGUAAUCAUUUUUUUCAUGUCUCAAUCUCUUGGCUAGUCUCUUUAAAGCCCACAUUUUUAUUUGUCACGAGAACAAGGGAAACCAAACAAAACACUCGUCUUUUAUACAUCAUGAAGAAGCUGGUUCUCUUUGGCCUCUUCUUCCUCUUCCUCUUCCCUCACUUGAAACUAGCCUUUUCCCUUUCUCCUGACGGCCUUUCUCUUCUCUCAUUAAAAUCUGCCGUGGACCAACCUUCAGGCCACUCAGUCUUCGCCGACUGGAAUGAGACCGAUGAGACGCCGUGUAAUUGGUCCGGCGUUUCUUGCAAGAACAUUUCAGGAUUUCCUGACCCGCGUGUCGUCGGAGUCGCCGUUUCCGCGAAGAAUCUGCGAGGCUAUAUCCCGUCCGAGCUUGGAAAUUUAAUCUAUCUCAGAAGAUUGAAUCUUCACAAUAACUUCUUCUAUGGUUCUAUACCGGACCAACUGUUCAAUGCCACGUCACUUCACAGCUUGUUUCUUUACGGUAACAAUCUGUCCGGUUCGCUGCCUCCUUCGAUCUGCAAGCUUCCGAGGCUGCAAAACCUCGAUCUCUCCUACAAUUCGCUGUCGGGUUCCUUGCCUGAGAAUCUCAAGAACUGCAAGCAGUUGCAGCGGUUGAUUCUAGCUCAAAACAAGUUUUCCGGCGAAAUUCCCGGCGGAAUUUGGCCGGAAUUUGACAACUUGGUCCAACUCGAUCUUUCUUCGAAUGAAUUCAAGGGACCGAUCCCUAGUACCAUCGGAGAGUUAAACUCAUUGUCGGGCACUCUCAAUUUAUCCUACAAUCACUUAUCCGGUAAUCUCCCGAAAAGCUUGGGCGACUUACCGGUGACGGUCAGUUUCGAUCUCAGGAACAACAAUUUAAGCGGGAAGAUACCUGAAACGGGAUCGUUUGCUAAUCAAGGACCAACCGCAUUUCUAAACAACCCUCUUUUAUGCGGGUUUCCCCUUCAAAAGUCGUGUAACAAUUCGAGUACAAGUUCUUCAGGGACACAAAAUUCGGGUCCGAAUUCGGGCGAAACCCAGAAAAAGGGGCUCAGCCCUGGUUUAAUCAUACUAAUCUCAGCAGCUGAUGCCGGUGGUGUGGCGUUGAUAGGAUUGAUUAUCGUUUAUAUUUACUGGAAAAACAAAGAUUCUUCAAAUAGUUGUAGUUGCACUGGGAAAACCAAGUUUGGCGAUAACAACAAAGGGAAAUUUUGUUCCGUUUGUCCUUUUGGAUGCAUCAAUGAGUGUCGCAACAAUGACUCGGAAUUGGAAGACAAUGAAAAAGGGGAGAAAUCGGGGAAAGGGGAAGGCGAGCUAGUUGCCAUUGAUAAAGGGUUCAGUUUUGAGUUGGACGAGUUGCUUAGAGCGUCGGCUUAUGUGUUGGGUAAGAGUGGGCUUGGGAUAGUGUACAAAGUGGUGCUGGGAAAUGGGAUCCCGGUGGCUGUUCGGAGAUUGGGCGGCGAAGGUGGAGAGCAAAGGUACAAGGAGUUUGUAGCUGAAGUUCAAGCAAUUGGGAAAGUGAAGCAUCCAAAUGUGGUGAAGCUGAGAGCUUACUAUUGGGCCCCUGAUGAAAAGCUUCUCAUUAGUGAUUUCAUCUCCAAUGGCAAUUUGGCUAACGCCAUCAGAGGCAGAAAUGGUCAGCCAUCAACAAGCCUCUCAUGGUCAGUAAGGCUGAAAAUUGUAAAGGGAGCAGCCCGUGGCUUGGCCUAUCUUCAUGAAUGCAGUCCAAGAAAAUUUGUUCAUGGAGACGUCAAGCCAUCUAACAUUCUCCUUGACAACGAAUUCCAAUCUUACAUCUCUGAUUUCGGCCUCAACAGGCUCAUUAACAUCACUGGAAACAACCCCGAUUCUUCAUCUGGCGGCUUCAUCGGUGGACUCCCUUACAAAUCAAUCCAAACGGAACGAACCAACAGUUAUCGAGCACCGGAGGCUCGAGUCCCUGGCAACCGAGCAACACAAAAAUGGGAUGUCUAUUCAUUUGGAGUCGUAUUACUGGAGCUGUUAACAGGGAAGUCUCCGGAGCUAUCACCGACCACAUCAACUUCCAUGGAAAUUCUGGACCUUGUAAGGUGGGUGAGGAAAGGUUUUGAAGAAGAAAAGCCAUUGUCAGACAUGGUUGAUCCGAUGUUAUUACAAGAAGUGCAUGCCAAGAAAGAAGUGUUGGCUGUUUUUCAGGUUGCUCUUGCAUGCACUGAAGCGGACCCUGAGAUUCGACCAAGGAUGAAAACUGUUUCAGAUAAUCUUGAGAGAAUUGGAUCAUGAUUAACAACAUAGAUGAUUAUUGUCCGAGAAGACAAACAACAUGGUCGAUGGUUUAGGAAGUUCAAAGAUUUACUGGUUUUUUGCAAAAGGGCUCUCCCUGUUUCUUUUUGCCAUGGUAAAGUUUUGCAUUGUUGUCAAAAAUUCACUAUCCGUUCCCUUUAAAAGUCUUCAGAAUUUGGCCCAAAUUUUCCUCAAUAUUCAUCGGUUUCUUGAAGCUUUCUGGAGACCAUAUGUUUUAAUUUAAAUGUCUCUCAUUAUAUUCAUAUGACUGUAAUCAAAUUAUUCUUUUUUCAUUAUGAAAUCUAUUCCUAAUAUAUAAGUCA